UAUUAUAAACAUAAUAUUAUCCUGUGGAGUGUGGUCAGUGGUGUUAGUGUUCAAAAUAGUCCAUAUGAGAAAUGAAAAUGCUUUAAAUUUUAACCCCAUGUGUGCUAUUAUUAUACACACUACACUAUACUACAAAUAGUAUAUAAGAAAUUUCAGUAUAACGCAAUUUAAAACGCGCUUAAUAAAAUACUUAUUUUUUAUUUUAAUUUUAUUAAUUAUUACGAUGGAUAGUAUUCAAGAAGGUGAUUGCGCAGUGUGUAUGUUAAAGUAUAAUCAUCCAGCAAAGCUUCCCUGUGAUCAUAUUUUUUGUUUUCUUUGCAUCAAGGGUGUAUUUCUAAGAAGUCAUAAAUGUCCAAUGUGUCGUACACCAAUACCUGAGGACUAUCUGGAUAAUCCACAGCUUUUAAAAGAAAUACUGGAUGAAAAAACUGAAACUGAUGAAUAUGUUGAUAAUAAAUUUUGGUGGUAUUAUGAAGGUCAAGAUGGGUGGUGGAGUUAUGAUGAAAGAAGUAAUGAAGAUAUAGAAUCAGAUUUCAAUGCUGGAAAGAGUGAGUGUAAAUUAUUAGUUGCGGGUGCAGUUUACUGUGUAGACUUUACCCAGAUGAUACAAUACCGGCAGAGUGAUCCACGUAGAAAAAGGAAAGUGAAGAGGGAUACCCACACUCAUCCAUCUAAAGGAAUAGCAGGAAUUCUAAAAGUUUGCCCUAAGCAGGGUGAUUUGAAUACUGUGAAUAUUACUGCUAACAUUCUGGAUGAUCAUACUGAUACCAUUGAAAAUAUUCGUGAAAAUGGAGACGACAUUGAUAAUAUGUCUCAAAUUUUAAGAUCUAUGUCAAUACAGGAACCGCAAUUGCCAUCUGGUAGUCCUAAUACAGAAGAUACAUGAUUUUAUGAAGAUAUAAACAUAAUUUUUUAGUCAAUUUCAACUUGCAUUAGUUAUUAGGUUAAAGAAGUUAGGGGAACAAAAGAAUGUUCUAAGUAUCAUUUGAUUUAUUUAUACAAUUUACUUUCAAGUUGUUUUACCUAAUAAUCGUGUUAUCUAAAAUAAAGUAUUUAUUAUUUUUAAA